AAGAUGUUUCAUGGUGUUAUAUUCUGCGUUAUAAAAGCUGUUUUUAUGUUUAACACAGUACUAAAAUGUUAUUUAUAUUUUUAGUGUUUAAUAAUUUCUGCUAGAAACGAAUUAUAAAAAUAAUGUUUUGUUGAUUGUUAUUUUAAAUUGUAAACAUCUUGGUGUAUUCUCAGCUUCUGCCAUUUAUUUUCUUUUGUUUUCUUUUCUACAAACCUUUUAAGAAUCAUAAUUUUGGAGCUAAAAGUGCCAUUCCCGUGUCACUCCUGUUAUUGUUGUCAUGUUUCACGUUAUGUUUUUUUAAUAGACCCUUUAGAGCCCACGUGAUCAAACAGCCUGCGCGCGCAUUUUGGCAACAGAAGUGGUGUUAUUCCCCGGUGUUUUUAACGUGUUAGCAAUUCAUAAAGUUGAUCAAAACGGUUUCACAGAAUCAAAAUGUCUGGUUGUUGCGUUUGUUUGAACUAAUAUAAUAUGCUAAUAUACGUAUAUAUGUAUCUGGCCACUUUAUAUUUGGCCAUCUGCUAACGUCUUCUAUCCACUCCACUAUAGUACACAGUUGAUUAGUCAACUUUUUAAAAUAACUUUCUCUAUCUGUGUUGCUUCACUGCUGAUUCUUGCCAAACUUCCGUUGCCAAACUGCGCGUGCAUACGUUGCCACGACAUCAUUGUGUACAAACGAAACAUGAACUAUGCUAGAUUUUUGACAGCUGUGAGCAAAGCACGGAAACCAUCACCUAUCCGGAUAUUGACUGAGCUUCAGCAAAGAUCUCCUCCAACUCUAAUAUCCCUGGCUGGAGGGGCACCAAACCCCAACACCUUCCCCUUUCAGUCAGCCACCAUCAAAGUGAAGGGUGGAGAUGCUGUUGUGUUCGAUGAGACUGUGAUGAAGAGAGCGCUUCAGUACUCUGGCUCCAGCGGUAUUCCAGAGCUGAUUUCAUGGAUGAAGGACCUUCAGAAGCAUCUCCACAAUCCUCCUACAGCCAGCUACAGCCCAGAGAGAGGACAAAUGGAUUUGUGUGUAACCACAGGCAGCCAGGAGGGGCUUUGCAAAAUAUUCGAGAUGCUUGUUAAUCCUGGUGACAACGUCCUUCUUGAUGCACCCACAUAUCCAGGAACAUUAGCAGCUCUUCAACCGCUGGGCUGCAACAUCAUUAAUGUGUCGAGUGAUCAAUAUGGAAUAAUCCCCAAAGACCUCAAGGCAGUUCUGGCACAGUGGGACCCAGCAGAUGUACAAAAGACGAGUAGUAAUGUACCAAGAGUUCUAUACACUAUUCCCAAUGGAGGCAAUCCAACUGGAGCAUCUAUGACUUUAGAUCGGAAACAGGAAGUCUAUAAACUUGCAAGAAAAUAUGAUUUGCUUAUCAUUGAAGACGACCCAUAUUAUUUCCUUCAGUUCCAAAAACCAUGGGCACCAACAUUUCUCUCCAUGGACGUUGAUGGACGUGUCCUUCGAACUGACUCUUUCUCUAAAAUACUGUCAUCAGGGUUGAGGGUAGGAUUUGUCACUGGGCCUAAACCAUUGGUGGACAGAUUGGUACUGCAUAUACAGGCCUCCACAAUGCACACCAGCACCUUCACACAGCUGAUGAUCUCUCAGCUGCUACAUAGCUGGGGUAAAGAUGGAUUUCUUAACCACAUUGAUGGGGUCAUUGAGUUUUACAGAUGUCAGAGAAAUGCAAUGCUAUCCUCGGCAGACAAAUGGCUCAAAGAUGUAGCUGAGUGGCAUCCUCCCAUGGCUGGCAUGUUCCUCUGGAUUAAACUUAAGGGCAUUAAAGACACACAACAGCUUAUCAUGGAGAGAGCUUUAGAGAAAGAGGUUCUUCUAGUACCUGGAGGAGUGUUUAACAUCAACAGCUCUGAUCCAUCUUCAUAUGUUAGAGCGGCCUUUUCUCUCUCCACACCUCAACAGAUCGAUGAGGCUUUUAGGAGACUCGCUGAUCUUAUUAAGGAUGCCAUGUGAGCAACAUUCACAGAAGGGGAGAAUUAAGGAUUAAUAAAGUACAGUCAAAAACAUAAAUAAAUGCUGCUACCACAUGCCACACGGACAAUCUGAAAUUCCAUAAACCUCCAUAAUGACAUCAUGAGAGUAAAUACUUUUCUACCUUAUUCUGCUUUAAAACCGUAUUUUCAGUUUCCAGUCAGCUAUUAGAUGAAUAAAACUUCACUAUAUAAGUUUCAUUAAAAGUAAUAAAUAGUUUUUAAGCAUUAGGAGUUGGUUUACAUUAAAAAAUAAAAUAUCCCUUGUAGAGAGCAUCUUUAUGAAAGAGCACCUAUUUUCGAUUCACGUUUUCAAAUGUCCUUUGGUAUGCAUUGGUGUUUAUUACUACAUGUUAACAAUAUGCAAAAGGUACAUACCCCAAAGUAAACGAUGACGCAAGUUAACAUCUCCAACGUUACUCUAUUUUAUUGGACUACAACAAACAAACGGAUUGUAGGUGACAGUUUACUUCCUGGGUUUGGUGAUGUAGACAAGACCGACAUUAUCAUUAUUCCUCCGGUUUCGGACUCAUGGCCUGUAAGUUAACUCCUGUUAGCAACCGAAUCUUUCAAACAUGGCAAGGAGCGUCAUGUUUCCGGCUGACGUCAGUUGUAUGUAGGCCAGAUUAGCUGGCCAAUCAAGGAUCCAAAGCAUUUCAAAUCUGUUUCAGGAAGAGAGUUAAAUCUGGAGCUACAAAAAUGUAUGGUAUGUGGAAAAAUUUAUUUUUUAACCAUAAACCAUGCAAACACAUUGUAUUAUAUCAAAUACACAAAAUAACAUUGUUUUUUUAGAAAUGAUAUAGGUGCUCUUUAAUGUAAAAUAAAGACCGACAUAUUAUUGCAAGAAUUUUAAGUGUUUUGAGUCAUUUUAGGUGUUGUGGCCCGAUAGACCUUUAAAUUAUUGUGCGUCCUGUGCAAACUAGACAAAAUAUUUAAAUUUUAAUAAAUAUUAUUGUCAAUUUC